GCCAAACGUUAACUGAGCUAGAUCAGAAUCAGCACCAGUCGCCUAUAUUCAAGGUGAGCACUUCGUCAUGGUCGCUCGCCGUCCGCGCAGCUGGCGCUACAUCGUGGAAUGUUUGCGGGACCCUCCUCGCAGCGACUUCGCCUUCGUGCCACACCAGUACAUCUCUGCACCGCUGGAGCUCUCGGACUCAUCGGAUCCGAGCGAUGAGAGCACCCCCAUCAACUCCCGACCUGAAUAUCGCCAGAAGCGAUUGGCUCGUCAGCGGAACUCCUUCUUCGCGCUACAUGUAGCGGCCAUGGGAGCAGCGGGUGUGGCAUGUGCGUGGCUGACGAUGUUCCCUAUUGCCCCCGGACGUCUCUACAACAUGCAGGUGGACGUGUUCCGCGCCAAACACGAGCACGCCGAGUUCUUCUUCCGCUCCUGUUUGUAUCUAGGCACCGUGCUGGGAGCUGCGGGUGCAGGAUACUUUGGAGAUAGACUGGGACGAGCUGGCACGUUGGAGCUAGCUGCCAUCCCGUUUAUCGUGGGCUGGGUGCUGGUUGGAGUUGCUUAUGGAGAGCUCACGGUGCUGAUCGGACGAUAUUUGCUUGGUACAGCGGCUGGAAUCACCUCUGUGAUCGUGCCCGUGUACCUAGCGGAAGUGAGCGCUGCCCACACUCGUGGACGAGUGAUCUGUGCACAAUUAUUCCUUUCUGCAGUCGGAGGACUCUGCUAUUUGGUGCUGGGAGCGCUCUUCAUGUACCUGAGUCGACAGUAUAUUGGCUUCAACCUUAGUGAGUGGAAGGUGCUAGCGUUGUCUGGCGUCGCUCCUGCGUUGUUACUGCUACUAUUCGCGCAAAAACUCCCGGAUUCGCCUACGUGGCUCAUCGCUCGCCACGACGACCGGGAAGCUGCUUUUGAAGUACUGUACAAACUGUUUAACCGCGACGAACACGUCGCAGAGGACGAGACCAACGCUAUUAUCCACGCUAAGGUGCUGGCAGCGACGGAGCGACGUCACCACGGAGCAUUCUAUCGUCCUGUCCUUCUUUGCGCUGCCCUCUAUACGUUGCGAGCUGUAUGUGCGUUCCUGCUCGAGCCGGCUAUUACUUCAAGGCUUGCUGAAGACAGCAGUCGAGGUGUUGGAGGAACACACGCCAACGUCUCGUUUGUCCUCACGAUCUUUGGAGUUGCCGUUGAAGGUGCUGAAGCUGGACUAAUCGCUGUGACUAUGGCUGUUGCUGUGGCUGCAGCGAUGGGUAUUGUUGCUUGCUUCUACUUUGUUGAUACCAGAGGAAGACCUGCAACGCUACAGUGUGGCUGCUACUUGGUGGCAUUGGCCUGCGCUUUCCUGUUGGUCUCCAUCUUCAGAAAUGUCCAUCAGGAGGAAGACAGCGGCGUGGCAUUGAGCGAUUCUGGCUGGGCUGCCAUGUUGCUGGUCAAUGCCGGACACCAGCUCGGCUUGGGUGUUGUUCCUGUGAUCAUGGUCAGCGAACUAUUCGCCGUGAAGCAGCGUAUGGGCGCUGUUAGCCUCGUGGUGAUCUGUGAGGCGAUUGUUAAUAUCGGACUCGCACACGCCCUCCCAGUACUACGCGAGCUCACGCUGUCUCCAGUUUCGGUGUCUUACCUCUGCGUCGGUAUCGUCAUGGCAUGCAACAUCGCCGGCAUUGUCUUGUCCUACUGGUACAUCCCCGAGACUAGUCGACGCAGUCUUCAGGACAUUGAAGCCAUUUUAUGCGGAUGGCAACCUGCUACUCCUCGCCGUAGUACUUCUUCAAAUGUGCGGCUUGAAUACGGCAGCAGCGACUAAAAAUAGGAGACCCAAAAGUUUGGAUUUUACAGAAAUAAAUAGGUGCCUAGAUUCUUUUUACGCUGUC